AUGGCGUCAUGUUCAGAUUUAACUAAACUUUCAUUACCAAUGGAUUGUCAACCUAUCAUAAAGGUUACACCAGUUGCUGUAUCAGCAAGUAAAAAAUUUGUCGAACCAUUUCAUCGACUUAAAAAUCGUGCAAAUUUAUUUCGUCGAAAACUUUAUUCAUCACAAUUAGAUAUUAGUAAUCAUAGUUCAUUACAUUCUAUUAAUCAUAGUAAUCUAUCUGAUCAAAUAAUAACAAUAGAUAAUAAUAACAAAGGUAAUAAUAACAAUAAUGUUAUUCUUAAACGAUCAAAUUCGAUGAUAUGUCCACAGCAACGUUUACAAACAUUUUUAAAAACUAAUAAUAAUAAUAAUAAUAAUAAUAAUCGUAAUUCAAUAUGUAUUGAAUUAUCUGGUUGUCCAAUAGAUGAAAGUUCAACAGAUGAUUAUUAUUCAAUAAAAUCAUCAUCAAAUCAUUAUUGGAAUAAAAAACUACAUUCAACAAUGAGUAAUAUUAAAGAACAGGAUACAUAUCCAUCAAAUGAAUCACUUAAUGAGAACAAAAUUGAAACAGUAUUAUCAUCACAUAAUAAUAACAAUGAACAAACAUCUGUUAUACUUUCGUCACCUCAAUUAACUAAAGAUGUUAGUAGAAGCGAACAAAAACAACAACUGGUUCCUUCUGUUACAUCUUCAUCAUCAACGAUUAUGUCACGAAAUAAUAAUGAAACAAUUCAAUUAUGUCGUCAAUCACAUUCAAAUAUAUCUUUUCGUGAAAAACGACAAUCAACAUGUUCAUCAUUUGAUGAACCAUUUUAUGAUUGUAAACAAGAUACAUCAUCUUUAAAAUCAAUUCAAAAUUUAGAUAUGUCUACAUCAAAAAUGUCAACAUGUACAAUGACAGGAAAAUCUUUAAAUAAUCUUGAUGAAUGUUUAUCAAUAAUGUCAUCUGAAGAUAAAUGUGUACAAACAACAUUUAAUGAUUCAAUAACUAUAAAUUCAUGUAUGAUAAGAAAUACUUCAUCAACAAGUUUAUCAUCAUCAACAACAUCAAUACAAACUGAUUCACUUGAAAAUAAACCAAAAUUAUCGACUUUAUCAAAAAUAAAUGAAACAUCACAACAUUCUAUUAAUCAACGUCUUAUUGAAUCAUAUUAUAAAUGGCCACAUAUAUAUGAAAGAUUACUUAGUGAACAAACAUGUAUUUAUUGGGUUAAUUAUUUAGGUUCAACAGCAAUAAAAAUAUCAAAUGAUGAUACAUCAACAAUACCAACUCAUGCAAUUAAUCGAUUAAAACAAUCAACACAAUAUGCACGUGUUUUACCAAUAAUUGGUUUAAGUAUAUCACCGCGUGGUGUCGAAUUUUUAAAACAUUCAAAAGAUCGUGUUGUAAUCUGUUUUCAUGAUAUUAAAUCUAUACAUUGUGCAUGUCAGGAUCAAGAUUUACGUUAUUUUGGUUAUGUUACACAUGAACAACGUUCAAUUAAUGGUAUAUCAUAUACAACUACUACUUUUGAUCAUAAACAACCAUUAACAUCAUCACCAUCAUUAUCUACAAAUGGAGAUUAUCAUAAUUAUUGUCAUGUAUUUGUUGUAAAAAAUGAAUCAAUGUCAACUGAAAUUCUAUUAACUUUUGGUCAAGCAUUUGAUAUAGCUUAUCGACUUCAUCGUCGUUUAAAUUCUAAACAAAUUUGUUCGGAUAAAUCUCAUCGAAAUAUUGAUGUUAGUCGUUUGUCAACUAAAUCUAAUAAAGUUAUAUCAUCAUCAACACAUUCACCAGCAACAUCAUCGUCAUCAUCAUUGUCGAAUGAUGAACGAAGAAUUUUUAUUUAA